UUUUUGCAUUUGAUCGACAAACAACGGAAGGAACACAAGAAGCAAGCAAGCAAGCAAGAUGAGCCGCCACUUUCCCACCAUCCGCCCUGAAGGCGAUGCGCCGCUGAACACACAACCCACCUCCGGGCCCUUUGGAUGCCACGACACCCUUCGCAAAGGGCCGACUUCUGCACGGGCCGAGGUCGCCCCCAAGCAUCCUGUCGAAGUGGCACAGGCAAAGCACGAAGCACACCAUGAGAAGCUGAAGAUGAGCAUCAUGGGCGCCAUCCAGGGCCCUGCUGCGCCGCAGCUCGUGAAACUGGAGCGGGCCAUCUAUGCACAGAACCAGCGCCUGCCGUCGCUGCACAGCUCACACCUCGCCCUCGACGUCUCCACGGGCCGCCUGGGCGUCAUGGACUUUGACGACUUCCUCAACGACCCGCGCGAUUCCGAGAAGAUGGUGGAUGUGCACACGGCGGUGGAGGCCUCGCCCGCCUUCAAGCGCUGAGCAACAGCAACAGCAGCAGCAGCAACAACAACACUCGCGCGCGCGCGCACACUCACACACAUACACGCAUGCACAUGCAUUCAUGUACACGUGAGCUGAUGCAUGGUGUGCGAAGCAGUUGUUGUGCUUGUGGAUGAUGUUUGUGUCCGGUGUUAAGGGUGAAGGGUGACACCCUGUCGUGUUUGGGUGUCGUGCCUUGCAUUGGUUUGACGGCUGGUGAAGAUCGUGUGUGUUCAUGUCGUUACGAUGCUGCUGUGCUGUGCGCACAAGCGAGUACCUUCCAUGUAUGUGUGCGUGUGUAUGUGGAUGACGUGGUGUGUUUGCGGGUUGUAGGAGCACGCCACCCGUUGUCUUGUUCACUCCCUGUCGUACUGGUCCAUCUUCACAAUAACAAACAACAAACAAACAGAACAA